AUGUGCGCUGCAUCUCCCCACUCCCUGUCCUCUUGUCGCCCUGGUAACGGAAAAGGAGGGGGCUCACGGCCAAAGGGAAGGAGAGGUACCCAGACUCCUCUUUUACAUGACCGUUCCUCUUAUUGUUAUCCCUGUGCUGGAUAUACGUUACUGGUUCUCGGAUUAACAGCGCCUGUAGAUCGGUCGGAAAAGCCCGUUGUCUUCACGAGCUCGUUUGCAGACAUGUCAGACGUAGUUCCUCCAGAGGUUAGACCUAAACCAGCUGUCCCUGCCAAACCCCCAAACGUGGGGGCUCCUUCUCCUUCUAGCCCCUUCCCACCCCAGGGCCUGGGUGUCGGAGGAGGUGGCAUCUCUGCUCCCCCACCGAGUGCCAUUCCAGUUCCCAUCGGAAGUCAUGGUCCGAGCCACGGUGGCAGUCAUGGCAUGGGUCACGGUGUAGGCCAUGGCGUUAGCCAUGCUGGAAGUCACACUGCAGCACACAGCGGCAGUCACGGUCACAGCGGCUCACACAGCUCCAGCGCGGGAUCCACUCUGCUGGGAUACAUUGGUAUCGACACUAUCAUUGAACAGAUGAGGAAGAAGACCAUGAAGACGGGUUUUGAUUUCAAUAUAAUGGUAGUAGGUCACAGUGGUCUUGGAAAGUCAACCCUUGUGAACACCUUAUUCAAGUCCCAGGUGAGCAGGAGGAGUGCAGGAUGGGCCCGCGAUGAGAAGAUCCCCAAAACUGUGGAGAUCAAGUCAGUGUCUCACGUUAUUGAAGAGGGUGGCGUGAAGAUGAAGCUGACAGUUGUCGACACCCCGGGCUUUGGAGACCAAAUCAAUAAUGACAACUGCUGGGAGCCCAUUUCCAAGUACAUCAAUGAGCAGUAUGAAAAGUUCCUAAAGGAGGAGGUCAACAUCACUCGAAAGAAGAGAAUUCCUGACACCAGGGUGCACUGCUGCCUCUAUUUUAUCUCCCCAACUGGACACUCUCUUCGACAGCUAGACAUCGAGUUCAUGAAGCGCUUGAGUCACUCGGUCAACAUUAUUCCCAUCAUUGCCAAAUCAGAUACGCUGACCACUGAGGAGAGACAGGAGUUCAAACAGAGGGUAAGGAAGGAGCUGGAGAUGAGCGGGAUUGAAUUUUACCCACAGAAAGAGUUUGAUGAGGAUAUGGAGGACAAGAGUGACAACGAUAAGAUCAGAGAGGCGAUGCCCUUUGCUGUAGUGGGGAGUGACAAAGAAUAUCAAGUGAACGGCAAACGUGUUCUGGGGAGGAAGACAGCGUGGGGAAUUGUAGAAGUUGAAAAUCCCAACCAUUGUGAGUUUGCUCAACUGAGAGAUUUUCUGAUCAGGUCUCACCUGCAGGAUUUGAAAGAAGUCACUCAUAACAUUCACUAUGAAACCUACCGUGCCAAGAGACUGAAUGAGAAUGGAGGUCUGCACCCCAUAUCAUCCACUGAUACCCAGGAAAGCAACCUGUAGUCAGACAGAGAGUGAAAACAAGGCUGAUAGAUGAAUCUACAAAAUAUUAUAAUCCUUAUCACCACAGCAUUGCUGCAUGCGUGGGAAAAAAAAAAAUAAUGUGUAAAAAAUUGGUGUAAUUUAAUCCCAAACUCCACCCAUCCUUUUCUUCACUGAGCAUAUCUGCUACCAUUUCUCAGUCACCCCUGUGAAUAUUAAAGGACGGCCGGAGACUUAGUGCCAUUAUAAAAGUAACAUUUUAUCUACUGCCAACGCCUUUUCUCAUCGUCCAGGUUGUACAUGGAAGAUGUUUGUGUCUCUAAUGUAUGGGAGGCUGAUUUUUAAGCCUACGUGUUGUGUAGCAACUGACGUCUGAGUUUAGACAAACAAAAUGAUUUGCUCUAAAUAUUAAAAUCAUAAUUCCUGUGUAGCAGUGAUGCAUGAGCCAGCUCUGCGGUUGACUCAGUUGAAAUUGCCGUUUUAAAAUUCUCAGCAGCAGCUGUUCGUUUAAAGAAAGAAUCUCUGUGGCUUUACUGUCAGGAGGGCUUAACAAACAUUACAAGCUGUGCUGUCUUCUUUAAUAACCAUGUCCACGAAGGAAACUAAUGAACUUUCUCUAAUUUUUCUGAUUUUAAAUUUUCAAAGAGUUUACUUGCACAGGCCCGCAUAGUAAGACUAGAGAGAGCUGCAGCGUUAGUCACCUAUGAAAUGCAGUUUGUGUGUGUGUGCAUGUGUGUAAUUAAGGAAUCCACGGGGUGAGUGACUGCAUGCUGCAGAUUCAGUAAUUCCAUGAUUCACGGUAACAAACACAAAUUUAUGUUUGUGUAGAUGCAUCUCAGCAUGCUUUGUUUCAGCUUGGUGCUCAGAGAGGAAACUGCAUUUACUGCAUUUGUGCUCACUUGCACCAGUGAGCUGUGCUCUUGCAAUUCCACCAUGCAUAUUUUAUCAAGGCUCAGACUGAUUUGUGUUAGAUGUUUCCUAUUUAAAUAGAUGAUAGCCUCAUAGAGUAAGUGCAGGAUUUAAAAUGAUAACAGACAAGCUUUCUCAGCUGAAUGACUCAUUUUUGGUCUUUCAGAGCCUCUACUGUCAGUCCAAACCUCGUUUUGUUUAACUUUAAAUAUUUUUUGUUAUUUUUUUCCUUAUCAUUACCAUUCAUGGUAAGUAGCCAUUCAGUAAGAUAUUAUAUUAAACCUGAAACAAAUCCAGUCACUGGUAUACUCAGUGUAUCCUUUCUGCACAUAGGAGAGCAGGAGAUUUGAAAUAUUUUUGAUAUAUUUGUAUUAAAAUUAAAUUCCUGCUGUGCACCACUUGGUGGCAGCACUCUGCCACAUUAAAGCAGUUUAACAACCUUGGACCAGCAUUGUGUCUGCCUCAGAUGUUCUGAUUGCUCCAGAUUUUUUUUUUUUUAUGUGUCACAUCCAGUUCUGAUAAAGUUUACUCCUUUGCUGUCAGCUGCAAACAGUAUGCAUAUCCAGAUUUGGUUUAUAGACAACUUUAAUAAUAUUACCCUUUUCAUAAUACUAUGAUAUUGCCAAGGUUUUUUUCAGGAGUUGAAUAUUUAUAAUAUUCUGCCAUGUGCUGUCUGCAAUAGAACACAAAUCUGUUAAACUACAAUUCUAUCAGUCUUUUUUUAACUUUAUUCAGCCUUUUUAAUCAAUCAUGUGUGUUUGUAUGAUUUUUGAAAUGAAGUGUGUCUGCAACAGUAUGGUGGUAGUUGUCUGUGAUUUUAGUGGAGUCAGAGGUUUUCAAGCAGAAAUUUGAAACAGUGUUAAUGAACCAUUCUUCCUACUGUGUUUGUGUGCAUGCUUGUGUUCAUAUUGCCUGUUUGAUUACAGUUCACUCAUGACUGCAAUUUCACAUCGAUUCACAGUUACUAUUUCUGAAUGUGUGAUGUGUAAAUUUAAUUGAUAUAUUGAUAUAUCAUAAGGUAAAGCGCUGCUGUCUUAACCCUCAAAACUAAGCCGAUGGCCCCACGCAUACAUAUCACUCAGCCCUAUCACUCAGUGAAACCUCACAUUGUAAACUUAUUUAAUAACCACUUCUCACAAAGUUGCUGUGACACACUGAUGUAUGAUUUCCAGUGUUGUAUGGAGUUAUUUUUACAUUAUGUCCUAUUAUUGUAACUUAUUCUUUAUUUAAUAAAAAUACAUGACCAAGCUUUUA